CAUUAUCAAUGCAAUGUGACCCAUGAUUAUUUGAUUUUGCGUCAUGAUACAAUAUUGUGCUAAAAUAGGUAUCCACAUUGCAAAUCUGUAACACGGAUAAUUUACACAAAAUUUGUACAAUCUGGCAACGUGGCGUAAAGAGCUUUAUGCAGUGUUUAUGCAUUCCCGUAUUACGUCAAUUUACUUGUUGUGCCAGGCUCCUAGUUUUGUUUAUAGGCUUUUUAUAAUUUUCCAAAAUGACGUGGGGCUUUGUUACUUGCGGCCCAAAUGAAGCUCUAGUAGUUUCGGGAUGUUGUCACAGUAAACCUCUACUUAUACCUGGAGGACGAGCUUUUGUUUGGCCAUUCGUACAAAGGAUUCAAAGCAUGACGCUACCCAUCCUGACGAAAUGCUGCAAUGCGCUUCAAUGGUGGAGAGCAUGGAGAAUUAGUCAGGAGUUUCAGUGA